GGCACGGGCGACAGCCGGGGCCGGAGCGGACGGGCAGCCUCCGCCGCGGGGCUCCAUGGAGAAAGCGGCGGGCGAAGGCGGCGGCAGCAACAGCAGCAGCCGCAGCAGCAGCCGCCCCACGUCGGCGGGCUCGUCCCCCUCGUCCUCUCCCGGCUCGGCGGCGGCCAGCCCGGGGGGCGCGCAGGCGCCCGGCGGCGGCAGGCGGCGGGAGUCGGUGCUGGAAGGGACGCUCAGCAAAUACACCAACCUCCUGCAGGGCUGGCAGAGCAGGUACUUUGUGCUUGACUUUGAGACGGGGAUUCUGCAGUAUUUUAUGAAUGAACAAACUAAAAACCAGAGCCCAAAGCCACGAGGAGCCUUGUCUUUAGCUGGAGCUAUAAUAUCUCCCAGUGAUGAAGUGCCACACAUGUUGGUGGUCUACUCUGCAAAUGGAGAGAUGUACAAAUUAAGAGCUGCUGAUGCAAAGGAGAAGCAGUACUGGAUAACUCAGCUUCGAUCCUGUGCCAAAUACCACAAGGAAAAUGAUUCUAAGAGCAUCUCAUCCUCACGAAGUAGAAGCUCAUCUCUGCUGCCGCCUGGGACAACUAAUUCUGCAUCUCCCAGUGGCCAGAAAUACAUGAAUACAAGUGGGCCAACUGUUGUCACCAUCACACAUCACAAAUCACCUGCAGCUGCUCGAAGAGCGAAGAGCCAGCGAUCUGGUCAACUCCAUGAAGUCCGAGAGAUCAUGAGCCAAGCUGAAGGACAACAGAAGAAUCUUGUACAAGCCAUUGAAUCUCUCCCAAAUUCUGGACCUCUUACUGCCUUGGAUCAGGACUUGCUACUUUUAAAAGCUACCUCUGCUGCCACCCUGAGCUGCCUUGGAGAAUGCCUGAGUCUACUGCAGCAAAGCAUGCAUCAAGUGGGCCAACAGCAUAACAGGACACUGUCAUCAGAUGGUAUCCUGGGAUGGCCUGGGCCCAAGUCACACUCCACAGAGGAACUGAAAAAUGGUGCCCUCAGCUCCUUAUCAUCUGCUAGUGCCAACAUUACGUGGGCAAGUACCAUAGUACCAUCUGCAGCCCAGGAUGCACAGGCACUACAGCCAAACACUGAGCAUUCAGCUUCUGAGUUGAUCCUAGUUGAAGAUGAAAUGACAGAUACUGAAGAUAAUGAAGAGGAGGAUUUAGGAGUCAUGGAUGAUCAACGCAGUGUAAUUCUCCAUCUCAUCUCUCAGCUCAAACUUGGCAUGGACCUUACCAGGGUAGUGCUUCCAACAUUUAUUUUGGAGAAAAGAUCCCUGCUGGAGAUGUAUGCAAAUUUCAUGGCCCAUCCAGACCUAUUUUUGUCAAUUGCAGCUGGAGCCACUCCCGAGGAAAGAAUUAUCUGCUUUGUGGAGUAUUAUCUAACAGCUUUUCACGAAGGCCGAAAGGGAGCAGUUGCCAAGAAGCCCUAUAACCCCAUAAUUGGUGAAACCUUUCACUGCUCGUGGGACGUGCCUAAAGAUAAAGUGAAAGCAUUCAGAACUAAUGGUGCCUCCACGCUUUCUAAGGACUCAGCCAAGGAGCUGGGCCAGGACCAGUCCACGUGCUACAAGCUGAGGUUUGUAGCCGAGCAAGUGUCUCAUCAUCCGCCAGUAUCUUGCUUUUACUGUGAGUGCAAAGAGAAGAAAAUGUGUGUGAACGCUCACGUAUGGACCAAAAGCAAGUUCAUGGGCAUGUCAAUAGGUGUUUCUAUGGUAGGUGAAGGUGUUCUUCACCUGCUGGAACAUGAAGAGGAGUAUGUCUUCACCCUGCCCAGUGCCUACGCUCGCUCAAUCCUUACCAUCCCAUGGGUGGAGCUUGGAGGGAAAGUCAACAUCAACUGUGCCAGAACAGGCUAUUCUGCCACGGUCACCUUCCACACCAAGCCCUUCUAUGGAGGGAAGGUCCACAGGGUUACAGCUGAAGUGAAGCACAAUCCAACGAACACCAUUGUGUGCAAGGCACAGGGAGAGUGGAAUGGCACCCUGGAAUUCACUUACAGCAACGGAGACACCAAAGUGAUUGACACCACCAAACUGCCUGUUAUCAGGAAAAAGAUCAGGCCCACAGCAAACCAAGGGCCACUGGAAUCAAGGCGCCUGUGGCAGCAGGUCACCAACUCUCUGAAGGAGGGGAACAUCGAUGCCGCCACGGAGCACAAGCACCGCCUGGAAGAGAGACAGCGAGCAGAGGAGCGGCAGCGAGCGGCGCUCACAACUCCCUGGAAACCCAAAUACUUUGCCAAAGAGGGUGACGGUUGGCUGUACGUGAAUCCUCUCUGGAAGACCCACUGACAGGAGAGAGCAGUUGCCUCGUAACUUUACCUGAAAGGCAUUAAAAUGAUACAGUAUGUAACUU